AUGUCAGAAUCCUCUGGACAAGGAGCGGAGCCCGUGGCUCCUGGAUUUGAAACUAUUUCCAAGAGCUCUUGGAUGGGAUUCAUCAAAAACUUGGCUACUUUCACUGGAGAUUUGUCUACUCUUUCUGCUCCUUCUUUUAUUCUGUCGGGAACUUCUUUGCUUGAAUAUAUGUCUUAUUGGUUUGAAUUUCCAGAAUUAUUCGUGUCUAUUGUCGAUCAUGAACACCCCAAAGACCGCAUGUUAGCCGUUUUGAAAUGGUAUAUGGCAGGACUUAGCCGCGAAUACGCAUCCCGAAACAGGAGUUAUGGUACCGAAAAGAAGCCUCUCAAUCCCAUUUUGGGUGAAUUAUAUUAUGGUUCCUGGGACUCAAGCAAAGGCAAGGUUGAAUUGGUUGCCGAACAAGUUUCGCAUCAUGGUCCCGUUUCUGCCGCCCACGUGAUCUGUAAAGAGGCAGGCAUUUCUGUUGAGACCCACAAUAUGUAUAAAAGUGGAUUUUCCGGCCGUACUGUGUACGUGAACCAAAUUGGUCAAAUUCGCAUUCAUCUAGACAAAUUUAACGAGACUUAUUACUUAACCCUCCCCCACAUCUCUUUAGAAGGCCUUUGGUACAUGACUCCUUACAUUGAAUUGUACGGCAACACCUAUAUCGUCAGCACUUCCAAUUACAUCACAAAGAUUGAUUAUUCUGGUCGUGGUUAUUUUAGCGGAACAAAGAAUUCUUUUAAAGCAUCCGUUUAUGAGAAGAAUGCAAACCCUGAUUACGUUGUGGAGGGCGUCUGGACAGGCACUUCCAAGGUUAGCGACACAAAAUCUAAGACUACCGUUCCUUUCUUAGAUUAUGGUGCUAUGAAUGCUACCCCAAUUCUUCCUCGACCUUAUAGUGAAGUUGGAGAAUGGGAAACACGCCAUGUUUGGGGCAGCGUAUCCUCUGCUCUUGCCCGUAACGCUUAUGAUGUCGUCAGUGUUGAAAAAUCUGCCGUUGAGCAAUCUCAACGUGACAUGCGUAAACGGGAACAAGAAGAGGGAGUGCAAUGGAAACGCAGAUACUUUGAAUGGCAACCUGAUGAAAGCUCGGCUCGUAAUUUGCUAGCUCAGUCUGUGCAAGAAAUUAUUGAACCUGGAUAUUGGGUAUAUGUCGGCGAUACACAACCUGAAUGCAAACCUGGUGACCACCCAGUAAGAAGAACGUAA